AUGAACGGCACUCCUCGACUUCGGUCUGCCUUUCCUCAGACCCCUCAAACACUUCAAAGGACAAGAGAGUAUAACAUUACACCGACGAGGCCUAAGCCGCGGGAUGUCGGGCUGCGGAGAUCCCCAGUGAAAGUACCGCAGACCAAAGCGGACGCGCCUCUCGUGCCGACCGGCGUGAUAGACGCCCCGUCGCAGAGGCUCUACGUGGUAGCUUUCUACAUUGCGCUCAAUGCAUGGCGCGUCUAUGAGUCUUGGACAGCUUCAGAUGAGUUGGACUCAACCUGGCUGUUUCUAAAAUGGACUUCCAUCGACGGGGUAUUUCUCUUUGGCCUGCAGGCGUUGCGCAUACCCUGGCUCGAGUGGGCGUUUCCAACAACGCUGGCGAUUUUCUUGAUCCAUGUUGUCGGUAACAUGUUUCUCAUGUUUCAAAUUCCGGUGCGUAUCCUACCCUGCCGUACGAUGGUCGACUUGCUUACACCAAGAAGAUUCCAUUCCGCCGUUCUGAACCCGGAUCAGAUCCCCUUCUGUCUAGAUUCUCAAAGAAGUACCGUCAAUCUACCGAUACGUGUCAACCAAACCGACCCGGUUCUCAUAGAACUACUACGCCUAGAUCUCAGCACCGGUGAAAAUGAAACGAUUACAAUCUCAUCGAAACAGCUGAAGCAGAUGAAACGUCAGGCGGGGAAAAAACUAUCGAGCUCAGACGCACCAGAACACCGUGAUAUACUCUACCCCAUCCGGCGCACUGGUAUCUAUCGUUUACAAAGAGUCGUGGACGAGUCAAACCUUGAGGUCCGCAUGCGGUCAUCUGACGCGCUUGUCGUUUCUUGUCCGCGCGCACUAAUCAAGAACUCUCAUACUCACAAAUGCAAGGGAGAAUUGUCUAACCUGGUGUUGGAGGUUGAGGGCACACCGCCGUUGAAGAUCAAAUAUAGUAGACAAGUGAACAAGCUUGAUCGUGGAUUUUCCUUCCAGAACAUUCAGCCUGAUCACCUACGGUCACCAUUGCUUGGGCAGAGAAGCUCAGGCAUUUUGUUCGAUGCAGAACAGCCGGAGAUCACAUGGGCUCAGAGUCAAACUAUCGAAGUACCACUGAACGAAUCUCUGAACGUGGGAGGGGAAUGGUUCUACAACAUUGAAGAGGUCCAUGACGGUUGUGGGAACAUCGCCAAUUAUUCGACGCUUCUGGACGAAGCUGAUCGAUCCUCGCCAAAAUCAUUACCGCAUUGGCACCAGUUCUCCGUGCAUGAAAGACCUCGUUUAUCAUUGUCUGGGUGCGACGACCAGCACUUCAUAGAGGUCGCGAAAGGAGAACAUGUGAAUCUUCCCUUAAAGUUUCACCCGGUUGGACAGGGAUAUGACUACGACGGGCCCUUCUCCUUGGGUUACUCAUUUAGGGGCAACGAGCUAGAUGAGAGGGAUUCGUCCGACAAGGUUCGCCAGCUUUCGCUCAAAGACCUUGACCAGAAGCCUCAGAUAAAGGAAUCAGGCUGGUAUAUGUUGAACUCUAUUUCAAGCCAAUUUUGUUCUGGAGAAAUAUUGGAGCCUUCAUCUUGCUAUCUUCACAACCCUCCGGAGCCUGAAUUGGCCCUGAAAUACGAGAAGAUAUUCGACAAGUGUGCCAACAACUCCGUAGGUCUACUCCUUGAUCUCGAUCUCACUGGCUCGCCGCCUUUCCGCCUGCGGUACAGCAUUGAGCACUCAAAAGGUGUUGAAACCAAGUCACUGACUGUUGACGGUCUGCGCACUCAACUCGAUUUCACUCCAUCUGAAGCCGGAUUCUAUCGAUACCGCUUCUUAGAUAUUGCGGAUACAGUCUAUGCGCCUCGCUCUUUGAAAGAUAAAGUGCCCGUCUUGGAACAGGACGUGAAACCACCAGCCUCUGCUCAUUUCCUUGGCUCCAGGGAGGUGCGCAGAGCCUGUUUUGGUGAACCCGUUUCCAUAGACGUUUCCUUCCUUGGGGAAUCGCCCUGGACUCUGCAUUAUGAACUGGCCCACAAUGGCAAAAAAUCCAAGCACGUCUUAGAAUCCCAUGCCGAGAUUGCCACUAUUGUGACCGAAAGACUCGUUAGUGGUGGUGAAUAUAAUCUGGUACUGACGAGCGUUAAAGAUCGUUCGAACUGCAAACGAACUUUGAAAGACAGCAUUAGGAUUGAUGCUCGUUCGAAGCCGCCUCACGUAUCGUUUGGGCAAAUCGAUAAGAAACGAACUGUGUCAGCCCUGCAAGGUGCAAAGGUUGAUAUUCCGCUGAGACUGAGCGGUGAACGACCAUGGACGGUCAACUACAGAAAUCUAGACGAUGACUCCCCUGCUAUUGAGAAGACGUUCUGGCAGGAAAACAGUGUCUUGUCAGUGACGCAGGAAGGACACUAUAAUCUCAUUGGCGUGACGGACAGCUCUUGCCCUGGGUCUGUUGACCAAGCAGCUAGGGAUUUCGAAGUUUCUUGGAUACCUCGGCCCCAUAUUGCUGCUGUAGACGGCUCCCCUGUGGUAAUUGGAAGCCCCAUCGAGAAGCGCGACGUUUGUCAAGGUGAAGACGAUAGUGUGGAACUUCGCCUGACCGGCAAUCCGCCAUAUACCAUUCAAUGCGAACAACAACGCAAAAUGGGCCGUGGCACGUCCUCUAUUCGAACAAGAAGUCUUAAGACGGCCCUUCAUGUAACAUCUAUGGAAAUGGACACGUCUGAAGCCGGGUUAUACACGUACAAAUUCAAGGAAGUCGGCGACAGCCUUUACGACUAUGACCCAAGAAGUGAGCCUGUCCUUGUGACGCAAAGAGUGAACCCAUUGCCAUCUGCGCGGUUUAACUCCCCUGGCCACAUUUACGGGUUCUGCAAAGAGGAUGUCAGUGGCGAAGAAUCCAUCCCUGUUACUUUGGAGGGCGUUGCGCCGUUCUUCCUGGAAAUUAUUAUCAAACACCAUUCGAACGCCAAACCAGAGGUCGUGUCAAUACCCAACAUCAGCUCCAAUCGAUACAAUCUACCUAUUCCGCGUCGUUAUUUGAAUCUGGGCCAACACGUCGUGAGCAUUCACAAGGUUCGAGAUGCGCGAGGUUGUCAGCGAACUUUCGAGAACGAUGCCUCAACAGUCAGAGUUGCCGUAUCCGAUGUGCCAACAAUCAUUCCGCUCGAAUCCAAGAUUGACUAUUGCGUUGGGGAGCGCCUGUCUUUCUCCCUGUCCGGCCAUGCCCCGUUCGACGUGUUUUACACGUUUGAUGGGGUUUCAAGGAAGGCCACCUCCCGUACAACUAAUUUCCGACGCAUCGCGGAAAGACCGGGUAUAUUCACCAUUACCGCAGUAAGCGACGGUGCCAGUGGAAAAUGCAAGGCACACAAGAACAUAACAAAAACCAUUCAUGAGAUGCCGAGCGUUAGAAUUAGCAGAGGUCAAACCUCUGUUGUUGAUAUCCAUGAGGGCGGAGAAGCCGAACUCCAGUUCGAGUUCUGGGGCACACCGCCCUUCGAAUUCACUUACAUUCGAAGUUCUAUUCCCCGAAAAGGAAAGAAAUCAGAAGUCCUGGACAUUAAACACGACAUCUCCUACGAGCAUAGGAAAACGAUCAAGACAUCUGACGAAGGAACCUACGAGGUCGUCGCAAUCAAGGACAAGUUUUGUUCUUUCUCCUCGCAGGCUCAAGUAGAAAAGCCGCAGAAGCUAUUGGCCGGGGCAUGA